UUUCCGUUUCAGAGCAGUCACGUCCUUUGACAAAUCUAGGACCUUAACUUGCUAGGUUGAGAGUGAGAUAGAGAGGUUGAGGGAUCGAUCAGAAUGGCGAGCGCAGGAAGGACAUUGACGACCAAGGAGGCGGAUAUUCAAAUGAUGCUGGCGGCGGAAGUGCAUUUGGGCACCAAGAACUGCGACUUCCAGAUGGAGCGCUAUGUUUUCAAGCGCCGCAAUGAUGGGAUUUAUAUAAUCAAUCUUGGCAAGACAUGGGAGAAGCUUCAGAUGGCUGCCAGGGUUAUUGUUGCAAUUGAAAACCCUCAAGAUAUUAUUGUUCAGUCUGCGAGGCCUUAUGGUCAGAGGGCAGUCCUGAAGUUUGCCCAGUACACUGGUGCUCAUGCAAUUGCUGGUCGCCACACUCCUGGAACAUUCACUAACCAGCUCCAGACUUCAUUUAAUGAGCCUCGUCUUUUGAUCCUUACUGACCCUAGAACUGAUCAUCAGCCUAUUAAGGAAGCUUCCCUUGGAAACAUCCCAACAAUUGCUUUCUGUGACACUGAUUCCCCAAUGCGAUAUGUUGACAUUGGUAUCCCUGCAAAUAACAAGGGGAAGCACAGUAUUGGUUGUCUCUUUUGGCUGCUUGCAAGGAUGGUUCUACAGAUGCGGAACACAAUUCCUCAAGGGCAUAAAUGGGAUGUGAUGGUGGAUUUGUUUUUCUACCGGGAGCCCGAGGAAGCAAAGGAACAACAGGAAGAGGAAGCACCUGCUGCCCCAGAUUAUGGAGAUUAUGGAGCUGCUGCCCUUGGUGGUAUCAGCGAUCAAUGGGGUGGCCAAGUUAGUGAUGUCCAAUGGUCUGGUGAUGUAGUUCCUGCUGCAAUUCCUGCAGCUCCUGCUGCCGACUGGACUUCAGUUCCAGCUCCAGCUCCAGCUCCAGCUCUAGCUCCAGCUCCAGCUCCAGCUCCUGCUGAUGGAUGGGAUGCUGCAGUUGCACCUUCUCCUAUGCCAGCCACAGAAGGAGGGGUCAACUGGGAAUGAGACAAGUUGGCGAGAGGAGGAACUACUUUUAACAGAGACUACGUUUUAAAACUUUUUUUUUUGGGGGGGUGUUCAAUUUAGAGGUUUUAUAUUUACAACAAUUUUUAUUAUGGGACAACAAACAAUUUUUAGUUGUAGUUGACGAUUCAAGUUCCAUAGAAUUUUGAGAAUGUUAUCCGAACUGGGAUUUCUCUGUUUAAGGUAAUUAUUCCCCAGCAGCUUUCUUCCUGUGACCUGGGGUGUUUUUGAGUCUUAACUAAUUUGUGAGGUGGUUUACAUAACCAAAUUCAAAUAAAUAUAUCAAAUUGUUUUCAGAUGUA